AAUAAAUUAAAAAGAAAUUGGAAAAAGAGCAGACGCUUCUUCCUCAAACACGACGGCCAGCUUCAGCUGCCGUUCAAGAAUUUUCAAUUGCGCUUCCAAAUUUUGUCUUCCCUUCUCUCUCUCUCUUCCUCCCUCCCUCCAUCCUUUUGGGAAAGACAAUUCAUAAUCUCUCCUCAUCCCGCCCCACCCCCCGAGGUUCGGUUUUCCUACGACUUUUGUUGAUUCAUCCUUGUUGUCGCUCCCUCUCUUUUGAUCAGGGACAUCCACCACUUUCGGCUUUGGUUUCUAUUCUCCCACACAGCUCUCGGCCGUGCAGCUUUGAGGAACACUGGAAGCUGCAAAGGAAAAAAAGAAUUGCCCUCUAGGUGUAUGCAAUUAACAUUUGGACUUGACAUUGUGAUGAAUGUGGCUGAAUAGUGUCACGGUUUCCUACUUUAUUUGAACUGUCUUCAACCCUGCACUUAUCAAUGGGGGAGUGGGUUGUUGGAGCCUUCAUCAACCUUUUCGGCAGCAUUGCAAUCAACUUUGGAACCAACCUCCUUAAAUUGGGUCAUGAUGAGAGAGAAAGACAUUCUAGUGUUGGCAAUAAUGGGACAAAUGGAAAAUCGUUCACAAAGCCUAUUAUAUACUUCCAGACGUGGAGAAUUGGGAUUAUCUUUUUUAUUCUUGGAAACUCUCUUAAUUUCAUUUCAUUUGGCUAUGCUGCUCAGUCACUUCUUGCAGCUCUGGGAUCUGUCCAAUUUGUCUCGAACAUCGCAUUUGCCUUUUUUGUGCUGAAUAAAAAUGUGGCUGUCAAAGUGCUCGUAGCCACAGCCUUCAUUGUUCUCGGAAACAUCUUCCUUGUGGCUUUUGGAAACCACCAAUCACCAGUUUAUACGCCUGAUCAGUUAGCAGAGAAGUAUGGCAAUAACACUUUCCUGAUAUAUUGUCUGAUUCUGGUUAUAGUUGUUCUCUUGAGUCACUCUAUGUACAGGAGAGGAGAACUGAUGUUUGCUAUGCCAGGGCAUGAAAUCAAACCCUACUGGCAAAUGCUUCUUCCACUUUCUUAUGCUCUUGUUUCAGGUGCUAUUGGAUCAUGUUCAGUACUGUUUGCUAAGUCUCUAUCAAAUCUUCUAAGGUUGUCCAUGUCAAAUGGGUAUCAGUUGCAUAGUUGGUUCACAUACUCCAUGCUACUUUUGUUCUUUAGUACAGCUGGAUUUUGGAUGGCAAGACUAAAUGAAGGGUUGUCUCUGUUUGAUGCAAUACUCAUUGUCCCUAUGUUUCAGAUAGUUUGGACAUUUUUCUCCAUUUGUACAGGAUUUGUAUACUUUCAAGAAUAUCAGGUAUUUGAUUCAUUGCGGACAACAAUGUUUAUACUAGGAAUGGUUUCUGUAUUCAUAGGCAUUUCUUUGCUGGCACCUGAUGAAGUAAAAGGCGGGGAUAUCAAAGAUACACCUCUGGUCUCUGUAACUGCCGCUCAUCCAAAUGAUGCAGACAGAUUUGCUGCGCCCUUUGAGGACUCUCCUAUCAAAGACUGGAGAUCACUUGUGCAGACGAUGCGGAUGAAACUAGCCAACUUGCUUAUCAAGACCAAGGGUACUUACUCACUACCAUUUGGUUUGGGAGAUGAAUCGGUUAACGCAUCGUCAGUUCUUGUGAUGCCCAUGGUCUCAUCUAAAAUAACUGGCUUCAGACGGCAUGUACUGGAUAGGAACAAAUUCUCUUUUAAACAUCCUGGUUGGAGUAGGAUUGAUGAGGAUGGUGGUGAUGAUGAUGAUGGUGAUGAUGAUUUAUUGCAAUCAUCAACACUGCUUCCUCAGAGUAUAAAGUAGGACUAACACACACACAUCACAGAUUGAUAUCUCUAUGUACCAUAUUCAAUUCUUUAUAUUUAUUUGUGUAAAUUCUCAAUUGAUAUAGCUUUAUUAUUUUUAAAAAACAAAACAA